GACUGACUAGUCGAAAGUCGCGCGCACCGCUGUGCGGUACCCUCUGGACAUUGGAAUACAUUCGAAAUAUAAAAUUUUAAAAUUUAUUAGUGCCCAGUGACAGUGAAAGUGUUCGGUAAAAUUUAAAAUACGGUUCGUGUUUGGAAUGGCGGGAAGUUGCAAAGCUGGAUAAAUGGCGUUACUGUCUGGACUCUGGAAUUCUAUCGUUGGUGGCAACGACAAGGAAGCAGACUGGAACGUAGUAUCCCUAUUCUACUUCGACAACAAGAAGAAAUACUUCUCUGUGUCAGAAAUUGAUAAAGAGGCAGUGCCUAUAGUGUACGCUGAAGCUCAUAAGAUAACAUUCAACAAAACUGGUUUUGGACUAAAUUACACGCCGUUAAGUUUCGUGUCUAUCUACUAUAUUGAUACUAGGAAAGCGGAAGUAAAGAUGCCGAGCGGCCACAUCGACACUCCAGUGAUAGAAGACAACAGAGAUGGUACAGUCAGCAUCAAGUAUGAUCCUCGAGAAGAGGGUGUGCAUGAACUCUACGUGAAGUACAAUGGAGAACAUGUACAAGGUUCCCCCUACAAAUUCCACGUGGACUCUAUAUCCUCGGGCUACGUGACGGCGUAUGGACCUGGACUCACCGCGGGCGUUAGUGGGGAGCCCAGCCAAUUUACCAUCAGCACCAAAGGCGCGGGUGCUGGUGGCCUGUCUAUGGCAGUCGAAGGUCCCAGCAAAGCUGAGAUCACAUGCCACGACAACAAAGAUGGUACCGUUGCGGUGUCGUAUCUGCCUACUGCACCGGGAGAAUACAAAAUCAGCGUCAGAUUUGGGGACAAGCACAUCAAGGGCUCACCUUUCACGGCUAAGGUUACCGGAGAAGGCCGUAAGAGGAACCAGAUAUCUGUCGGCAGCUGCAGCGAAGUUACCCUUCCUGGCAAGGUCAACGAUGACGACAUCCGCAGUCUUAAUGCUUCUAUUCAGGCACCAUCUGGUCUCGAAGAACCCUGCUUCCUCAAACGUUUACCUUCUGGUAACAUCGGUAUCAGCUUCACUCCUCGCGAGGCUGGCCAGCACGUUGUAUCCGUGAAAAAGAUGGGUGUGCACAUCCAGAACUCACCCUUCAAUAUAACAGUCCAGGAGCAAGAAGUUGGAGAUGCGAAGAAAGUCAAGGUAUCAGGAACUGCCUUGAAGGAAGGCAAGACCCAUGGGGAGAACACCUUUUCUGUCGACACGAGGAAUGCUGGAUAUGGUGGGCUUUCUCUUUCAAUAGAAGGUCCCAGCAAGGCGGAGAUUCAGUGCGCGGACAGCAAAGAUGGCGUUCUAGCCAUCAGCUACAAGCCCACUGAGCCAGGUUACUACAUCGUUAACCUCAAGUUUGCUGAUCAUCAUGUGGAAGGAUCACCUUUCACUGUUAAGGUAACUGGAGAGGGCAGCAACAGACAGCGUGAGAAGAUCCAAAGGCAGCGAGAUCCCGCUCCGCUGACUGAGGUCGGCACCAACUGCAAGCUGACCUUUAAGAUGCCAGGAAUCACAUCCUUCGACUUGGCGGCAACGGUAACAAGUCCUGGAGGAGUGUCCGAGGACGCUGAAAUCCAGGAGGUGGUCGACGGUCUCUACUCAGUCCACUUCGUGCCCAAGGAGCUGGGUGUACACACCGUCUCUGUCAAGUACAGGGAGAUACAUAUUCCUGGAUCACCCUUCCAGUUCACAGUGGGUCCUCUCCGAGACUCCGGCGCUCACUUAGUCAAAGCGGGAGGAGCUGGCCUGGAGAGGGGUGAAGCGGGGAGGUUCAACGAGUUCAACGUGUGGACACGGGAGGCCGGCGCUGGUCAGCUGGCGAUAUCUCUGGAGGGGCCCAGCAAGGCUGAGAUCGACUUCAAAGACAGGAAGGAUGGUUCCUGUGAUGUCUCCUACAAGGUCGAAGAGCCAGGUGAAUACCGCAUCGGCCUCAAGUUCAACGAGCAGCAUAUCCCAGAUUCGCCCUUCAAAGUGUACAUCUCGCCCGCGGUCGGCGAUGCCCACUUGUUAGAAGUGGCCCAGUUCCCAGACAACGCGCAAGUUGACAAACCCACCCAGUUCUACAUCAGGCUUAACGGAGCUAAGGGCAGCUUGGAUGGCAGGAUAGUCUCACCAUCAGGCAAGACGGAUGACUGCUUCAUCCAGAACAUCGACGGUGACCAGUACAGCAUCAGGUUUAUGCCGAGGGAGAACGGAGUCCACAAUAUCAACGUGAAGUUCAACGGUGUCCAUAUUCCUGCAUCACCUCUUAGGAUUAAGGUGGGAAAAGAUGAUGCUGACCCAGCUGCCGUUCACGCUCAUGGACCAGGUCUUGGAUCUGUUAAGACAGGUGCUAAAACUGACCUGAUUAUCAACACUUGCAAUGCGGGAGCCGGUAUCCUGGCAGUAACCAUGGAUGGACCUUCCAGAGUGUCCAUGGAUUGUACAGAGGUGGAAGAAGGAUACAAGGUCCGCUACACGCCUUUGGCCCCUGGUUUCUACUACAUGAGCGUGAAAUAUAACGGUGGUCACAUCGUCGGAUCUCCCUUCAAGAUUGAAGCCAGUGGUCCAAACCUAGCCGAAAUCGGAGCCCAAGAAACAUCGUCAGUCACAGUGGAAACUGUUCAGAAGGUUUCCAAAGCGGCAGCGAAACAGGGUCCAGUGCUGCCCGUAUUCAAAUCUGACGCUUCCAAGGUGACCAGUAAGGGUAUGGGAUUGAAGAAGGCCUACCUGAACAAGCACAACCAGUUUACGGUUCAUGCGGGAGAUGCUGGUAACAAUAUACUCUACGUCGGCAUUUACGGUCCCAAAGGUCCCUGUGACGAGGUCCAGCUUAAACACAAGGGUAAGAAUAACUACGAGUGCUGGUAUGUCAUCAGGGACAGGGGAGAGUACAUCGUCAUCGUAAAAUGGGGUGAAGAACACAUCCCCGGCUCUCCAUACAAGGUCGAAGUUUAAAUCAGAACAGAAUUGUUGCUGUAUAGAUUCCCCGAUUUCUAAUUUUAGAUCGAUUUUAAGAUGUCUUAAUAGCUUUUAUCUUUAAAAUUACCCAUUAGUUAGCUGUUUUUUUUAUGAAAAUUUA